CGCGGAGGGGCGUGGAGGAGCCGAGCGGGCCAGCGGUGGGCCAGGGGCCGGGCCGGAGCCGGAGCCGCGGGGGCAAAGCUGCCGGGUGCUUCAUGAUGAGACAUCUGGGGACACUUCUCUCUCCUUUGUGUAGUUGAUAGUUUGGGCAGUGAAGAGAUGGCUGACAGUGUCAAAACCUUUCUGCAGGACCUUGCCAGAGGAAUCAAAGACUCCAUCUGGGGAAUUUGUACCAUCUCAAAGCUAGAUGCUCGAAUUCAGCAAAAGAGAGAGGAGCAGCGUCGAAGAAGGGCAAGCAGUGUCCUGGCUCAGAGGAGAGCCCAGAGUAUAGAGAGGAAGCAAGAGAGUGAACCACGUAUUGUUAGCAGAAUUUUUCAGUGCUGCGCUUGGAAUGGUGGAGUAUUCUGGUUCAGUCUCCUUUUGUUUUAUCGAGUGUUUAUUCCCGUGCUUCAGUCAGUAACAGCCCAAAUUAUUGGUGAUCCGUCACUACAUGGGGAUGUUUGGUCGUGGCUCGAGUUUUUCCUCACGUCAAUUUUCAGUGCUCUUUGGGUGCUCCCCCUGUUUGUGCUUAGCAAAGUUGUGAAUGCAAUUUGGUUUCAGGAUAUAGCUGACCUGGCCUUCGAGGUAUCAGGGAGGAAGCCUCACCCAUUCCCUAGUGUCAGCAAAAUAAUUGCUGACAUGCUCUUCAACCUUUUGCUGCAGGCUCUUUUCCUCCCAGGAAUUGAAAUGCACCAGCGAUUGUCAAACAUAGAAAGGAAUUGGCCUUACUACUUUGGAUUUGGUCUGCCCUUGGCUUUCCUCACAGCAAUGCAGUCCUCCUACAUUGUCAGUGGCUGCCUAUUCUCUAUCCUCUUUCCUUUAUUCAUUAUCAGCGCCAAUGAAGCAAAGACCCCUGGCAAAGCAUACCUUUUCCAAUUGCGCCUCUUCUCCUUGGUGGUUUUCUUAAGCAACAGACUCUUCCACAAGACGGUCUACCUGCAGUCUGCCCUGAGUAGUUCAACUUCUGCAGAGAAGUUCCCCUCACCACACCCAUCUCCUGCCAAACUGAAGGCUGCUGAGGGCCACUGAGUCGCCUGCCACCCAGAGGGGAUGGGUGGGAUUGGAAGGAUGCCGCGUCAGCUCUUUUUCUUGUUCACCUCCCCGACCAGGGAAGGCAGGACCCACUCUGCCAAGGGCCCUGUGCAUAUUACCUUCUCUCUGAGGAAUCGGGAUUUUUGUCUGGUGCACGUAAGGCAGAAUCGUCCUGACACCAGUAUGGAUUUUAAACACCGGUGAGUCUGAAAGGACCACAGGAUUUUCUGCAGCUCUUUUCUAGCAUUUGCCAGCCCCCGUGCCUGGACUGAUUUGAAUACUUUUUCUCCCUGUGCCAUUUAUCUUCCCACCUCCCCUUCCUGCCUUCCACCACCCUUGGAUGAAUGGAUUUUUGUAAUUCUAGUUGUUGUAUUUUGUGGACCUGUUGUUUUGGUUUUUCUGUGAAGCACAUAUAUUGGACGUGGGAAGUAAAGGAGACUCUGCUGCUCCUGGUCACUCCCGUUAUAGCCAUCACUGUCUUGUUUCUUAUAACUCAGGCUAGAUUUGGUCUCUUGCUCCACUGCAAAAAAAAAACAAGCCUGAAGAGAUGGGACAGGAGGAAAGACCUCACAGCCAGAUCUGCUGGGUUUUGAGGAGUGGUUUUCUUUCUUCCCCUUGAAGGGGAAAAAGCUUUUUUCACUGGUACAUUUAAAGCUCCCCCAGCUAUAGGGAGGUACCAAUUUUGGACAAGUGCCACUGCAACACAGAAUGCUCAGAGAACCUGAACUUUUAAACUCUGGAGGUCUGAACUUUAUUGUUGGCCACUGCUGGGUCUGUCUGGUAUUUCAAAGGAAUAUUGGGUGCUGCAAAUAGGAACUGAAGGGGUAAACUUAUUAAACCCAUUAAACCUGUGAAAAAAAAAAA